GAUAAAACGAUGUUGAGAACUGUUGAGUCCGCUGAAUGCGUCCAAUUUCUCGGGAGGAUGUACAUGAUGAAACAUCUGGCGGGAAAAUAAGAUGAAAUUUGUUAGUCGAAGGGGAUAAUUUAAAAAAAAUUAUGGUCUUAAAAACACUCGGAAUAAAAGCAGCAAGAAUAAAUAUUCUUGUCGGAAAUCAAAUCGAUAAUGGAAAAUUACGGAAUCAGUAUUGAUUGUCGACAUCUAAUACUUUUGGCAGAUUUAAUGACGAGUAGAGGAGAAGUGCUUGGUAUUAUGAGACAAGGUUUAGACAAGAUGAAAGAAUCAGUUUUAAACUUGCUUUUUCAUCACCUCUUCUUUGAUUCUAUAAUAUAAAUAGAAUUUCAAGGAAAUUUGUGGAAACAUCUAUUAUCUACUGCAAACCAGUUGCCUGUUGCAGUUUGAGAAAACAUCGGAUUAUCUAUUUGAUUCAGCAUAUUAUAGACAGAAAGAUGUUAUAUGUGGCGUAUCAGAAUCAAUAAUGGUUAUUCCAAUGCCAAUAGGCACAGGAAUAUUCAAGUUACUUCACAAAUGUCCUUUUACAUUAUAUUCAUAAUAUACGCAAAGAAUUAAUUUUUCUUCCAACAGAAAUAUAUAACACUUGUACAUUUAAUAUAUAUAUUAUUUUCCUUAAUGAUUAAACAUGGCAGACAAAUAUAAACCACACAAGAGGGAACUUCUAUUUGAUGAUCUACAGUUUUACAAGCAAUUCCAUUUUGAAAAACGAUUUAUGCGAACACAACCAUGUCCAGUAUUACAGACGUCGUAAUAAUAAGAUGUACAUAAAAUAUGUGUUUUAUGAAAAUGAAAACAUUUACUGUAGCAAACAAAAAAUCUUUGUUUUAUGAUCAAUCAUUAAUUUUUAUAAUUUACUGAUAUAUAAGAUAAACAAAAUUAUAUUUUUGUAAUGGAAUAUUGUUUAAUUCCUGUAUGUAUAUUUAUUUCACUUGUGUAACUCAUAAAAGUAUUAUAUACUUUUUGAGCCAUGUAUUUUUCCAUAGUGUAAAUACAAGUAUAUAUGAGCAGAUAUCAAUAGAAAUUUUGUUGCUAGGAGACAAUGUAUGUUUGAUCUAAAUCUGCCCAAAUUUGCCUCAUAUUUGUACAUAUCUUCAUAAUCUCUUGUCAUAUUGAAAUAAAAUGUUUAAUAUGUAAAUAAAUGUUUAAUGAAUAAUUUGAAUAUUGAAGAAACGGAGUGAAUCGAAAUGGUAAACGAGAAAGAAUUUUGGACAGAGAUUCGAAAAGAUAUACCGAGAUAUAAAAAAAGGAAGCCACGAGUCGUUCCUGCUUUCACUAUACAAGCUUUGCAGGAAAAUACAGUCGUUGCAAAACCACCACGAUGCGGAUUGUACAAACCUCGUCCACCGAAACCGUCGACUUUCCGAAAAUUCUACAAGCGCGGUGUGUUUCCCAUCUCCUUGGAAAAUGACGGCUACGACCAGAAAAUUAAUUGGAAAGUAGAUAUAGAAGACUUGGACUUUCAUCAUUAUCUGCCAAUGUUCUUUGAUGGAUUAACAGAAACGGAACAACCAUACAAAUUUCUAGUAGAACAAGGAAUAUCGGAUAUGUUGGAACAUGGUGGUCCAAAAAUAUUACCCGUUGUUCCUCAAUUAAUCAUACCUAUCAAAAAUGCUUUGAAUACAAGAAUGCCUGAGAUAAUUUGCACCACUAUGAAAGCACUUCAACGUUUAGUACGUUCGGCAGAUUGCGUUGGUGAAGCUUUAGUUCCAUAUUUUAGACAAAUUUUACCUAUUCCUAAUUUACUCAAAGACAGGAAUGUGAAUCUCGGAGAAGGUAUUGAUUAUUCUCAACAAAGAGGAGAGAAUGCAGCAGAUAUUAUACAAGAAACACUUGAAGUAUUGGAAAGAUAUGGUGGUGAAGAUGCUUUCAUAAAUAUUAAAUAUAUGGUUCCUACCUAUGAAUCUUGUAUAAUGAAUAAAUAAACAUCAAACAGAUUUAUUCAAUAUUCAAAAAUAAUAAUUAUUAUAAAAUUGAAAUGCAUAUAUAAAAUUCAAUUUGAUAAGUCAUAUAUAAUAUAGGAACAUACAAAAUAUGUAAUGAAAGGAAAUAUAUCACAUAUUUUGCAGAAAUAUUUAUCAUAUUAUUAACCAUUUACAGCUUGAAGUUAAACUAAUAACUUAUUAUAAUAUAUAUAAAUAUAUAUCUUAUAUCUUUCCUGCAUCUUCUUUCAAUGUUACAGUACGAUUGAAAACAAGCUGAAAUAAAAGAAAAGUAUGUUAAU